UACCACGCUGAAACGAUCGCAAAUGUGCGAGAAGCUGCAGAAUCCUUCAGUGAAAUCCGUCAGAUCGGUAUUGCCCUCGAUACUAAGGGUCCCGAAAUUCGUACAGGUCUCUUGGCUGGAGGGGCUAGUGCAGAGGUUGAACUGAAGAAAGGUGCUUCGAUUCGUCUCACAACCGAUCCCAAAUUCAAAGAAUCUGGAACAGGAAUUAAUCUCUUCGUUGAUUACAAAAAUAUUCCUAAGGUAGUCAAAGUAGGAUCUCGUGUUUAUGUCGAUGACGGUCUGAUCUCACUCAUUGUUGACGAGAUUCAUGAUGAUGCUAUUGUUUGUACCGUUGAAAACGGUGGCAUGCUUGGCAGCCGUAAAGGUGUAAAUCUACCUGGAACAAUUGUUGAUCUCCCUGCUGUUUCCGAUAAGGAUAUACAGGAUCUGAAAUUUGGUGUUGAACAAAAUGUGGACAUGAUCUUUGCUUCUUUCAUUCGAAAUGCCGAUGGAGUGCGCACAAUCAGAAAAGUCCUAGGAGAAAAAGGAAAACACAUCAAAAUCAUUUCCAAGAUCGAAAAUCAGGAAGGUGUAGACAAAGCGGAUGAGAUCAUUGCUGAAUCUGAUGGUAUCAUGGUAGCCAGAGGAGAUCUUGGCAUUGAAAUACCAGCCGAGAAAGUGUUCCUUGCGCAGAAGAUGCUCAUUGCCAAAUGUAAUCGUGCCGGGAAACCAGUCAUCUGUGCAACGCAGAUGCUUGAGUCCAUGGUUAAGAAGCCUCGUCCAACACGUGCAGAAGGAAGUGAUGUCGCGAACGCUGUAGGUUUUUUCUUUCUCUUAUUUUGCUUUGCUUCUGUUGUUAGCUCAGGCUGUACAAAUUGA